AUGUUAGACAACACUGCGGAUGGCACUUUGUCAAUUGAUUUACCUAAGAGUAGAUUAGAGUCUUUGUAUAAGGAUUUUAGAUAUUUAAAAGAAUUGAAUAUUGAUGGAUAUAAUGCAAACAUUGAUACAUGGAAAGAGUUUUUAAUUAAGAAAUACUUUGUGAAUAAAAAUAUAAUUGUGUUCCAAUCUGGGUCGCGAUUUUUAAACACUUUAAUAUUACCACAAUAUGGUUAUCCCAAGUCUAUUGAUGUCGUAUUAGAUAGUUUGAUUUUAGAUGGUUAUAUGGUCCCUUUAGAUGAUUUUAUCAACGGCGAUGCAGAUAUUUUAUUGAAUAUAAAUACUAAUAAUGAUAAUGGUAACAAAGUAAAAUUCUGGGAUUAUAUUCAGUGGUUUAGUUCUAUAUUAUCUUUCGAUUAUAAUAAUAAUUCUAAUAAUUUUAGUUUUAAUAAUAAAUCAAUUACUAGGAUUGAGAAGAAUUAUGGAAGUACAAGUUCAUGUUAUCUAAAAGAAUGCCAGUAUGUUCUGAGAAAUCAACUUCAAAAGAAAUAUAAUACAAUUUAUGAUAUUUUGAAAAGGAAUAUUUUAAAUGAUCCGUUAACGAUAACUAAUAUUGUGUUUAGUGAAGAUGAAUUUUUAAUGAAAAGUGGGAUAAGAAACUCAAUUUCAUAUCAAGAUAAGAAUGAUAUUAAAGUCUUGCUGAUUUAUAUGGAUCGAUACAAAAAUAUAAUUAGGUGCAAGGAUUCAAUAAUUAAAGUAAUUGAUUCAUCAAUAAGUGGAACUCUCAUAACGAACGAUAUAGAUAAAACAAUUACAGAUAAUGAUAAAAAUAUUGUACAUGUGAAAGUUGGGAUAUCGAAUUUAAAACAACAAAUUAAGAAGUUAAGAUUGGAAUUAAAAGAUUUGAAGGAUAAAGAAAAGGCUAAUGAGCAGGAUGGUGUAAUUUUAUCUUCAAGGUACAAACUAAGGGUUCAGAGAAGCAAACAGUUAUUGAUUAAAUACUUAACACAAUUACUUGAUGGAUUGGCCAAGCUACAGAUCAUACGACAACAGUUAGAUAUUUGUGGUACAAACAAAAUGCUCGUGGAAAUAUUGGUUAGUUCUAAUGAAGUUCUUAAAAGUAUUAAUAGUUAUAUUGGAUCGGCAGAAAAAGUUGAAGAGUUGUUGGAAACAAUUAAUGAAGAGAGUGACAAAAGUGAAAAGAUUAAUGAUUUGUUGACUAGAAAAGAAGAAGAUAAGAAUAUCGAAGCGGAUAUUGAAGAGGAGCUGGAUAAAUUAGAAAUGGCUGAAAAUAAAAAUAUUAUAGAUUUGCAAGAAGAAAAUAAAAUGGAGAGUUUGGUGAAUAAGUUAAAUGAGCUAAAUGUGAAAGAAACUAUCAAUAAAGAUACGGAGUCUAGUCCAAAGAAAAAAGAAGCUAUCUUACAAAUACAGGAAACAUAA